AUGGUCUUAACUCUUCAAACUCUUCGUUCAUCCACUGCACAGCAAACCAUUUCUCUCAACUCAAACACAUCACAGCUAGCCAUGAAAGGAAUGAAUCUGUUCUGCACUUCCACAGCAGUAACCUCUAGCACAGAUCACCAUUCCAAGGCACGUAGAAGCACCAAAAGGAUUCGAAGGAAAAGCCAACUUGGCGUCCCUUGUUCAUUCAGAUUGCCUAUUAAUCCUAAGCCUCAUAGCGAGAAGCACAGAAAGAGCUCAGCAGAUAAGCAAAACGGUGACAUUUAUUCUCGGCCCCCCAGUAUUGAAAUCCUGGCUCCGUCCCUGCUCCUCAGUGACACACCCUUCAUUGAUUGGGUGUCCGAAUCUGAUAAAAUCGCCUCACACAAGCCCACCCUGCAAAAUCAGGUUGUGGUUUUGAGGGUGUCAUUGCACUGCAAGGCCUGUGAGGGAAAAGUUAGAAAACAUAUUUCAAAAAUGGAAGGGGUAACAUCAUUCAAUAUAGACAUGGAGGCAAAGAAAGUAACCAUAAUUGGACACGUGACACCAUUAGGGGUUUUGGCAAGUGUGUCCAAGGUUAAGAAGAAUGCACAGCUAUGGCCAUCUCCAACUUCAUUAUCCUCAUCAUCUUUGCCAUCAUUGCUGAUGUACGACUCUAUGGUCAACGCGAGUUAAAUAAAAACUAACUCGUAACUUUGUUGUUUGGUAUGUAUUAUGUAACAGUUUGUAUUGAUUACAAAGUUUGAUGACCUGUCAAGCUUAUAAUGUUUGUGGAGUAAGAUGUGUGAAUGGAAUGCAGCUUUUUGUUGUUGUUUAGUGUUUUGUGAUUGCUGAAGUUGAAUGGUUUUUCAGUCCAAUGUUUUUCUCUGUCUAACUAGCCCUCACCAGUCACCAAGAACUAUAAUUGUAAGUGAUCGUAUGGUUAUUGCAAUUAAA